AUCGACCAAUCAGACGGCGGCUAUGCUGUGAAAUCUGGCUGAACCUGCCUGGACAGAGAGAGAGAGAGAGGGCGAGCGAGCCCCAUAGAGUCAGAGUGAGAACUCCCAGAGAGAGAGAGAGAGAGAGGAAGCUGUGACAUCGACACACACACACACACACACACACACACGGCGUCCACAGGUCAUACAUGUUGGUCAGAACACGCUGUGACAUCAGCGUGACAUCAUGAGCGGGCACACGGACAGCAGGUGUAAAGGUGUCAUGUAGCUGCAGACAUUCACUCAUACCUGGAGACACCUGGAGACACACUGAAGAGUCCCCCUAGACCCUCUUCAAGCACCUCUGUAACAAACCCUGGACCCCCAAGAGUCCUGGAACAUCCAUAAGCACUCCUGGAAUCUGUUUUCAAAACCCUGAGCCUCAGAGCAUCUCUGGAACGUCUUCAAGACCCUUAAAGACCUGAUGACCCCCGACCUUGGAACCCUCCCACUUGAACCUUUUCAAGCACCUGGAAAUUCCUGAAGAACCUUUGAAAACGUCUCAGUUUUACCUGGAAUCUCCUGAAGAAUACCUGGAACCUUUUCAAGCCCUCCUGGACUCUCUGAAGAAUCCUGGAACUUCUGUAAGCAUUUCAAGAGGAGACCCUGAACCUCCUCUCUGGAACCCUGGAACCUGCUCCAGACGCCUCACCUGAACAGGGCUCCUGUAGGAGCCUCGGACCCCAACAUCCAGGACAUGGAGCUGAGGGAGGAGUGGCAGGACGACGGCUUCCCCAGACCUCUCCCAGAGGAUUGUGGGAGUCCAGAGGAGGCAGAGAGUCCGUCAGCAGGUGAGCAGGGACCAGGUGAGUCAGCCCCACCAACCAGCCUCGCCCUCUCAGGUACGGUCGGGGGCGGGGCUAAGAAGCGCCUAGUGGCCCCGUCUCUCAGCCUCACUCUGAGCCGCAGAGACUCUCACGACCCGAGCAACGACGGCUUCUCUGCCGCCGCUCUGUCGGCGACGCCGGACGACACGCCGUCACUGGACAUCAACCUGGAGGCUCUGGAGACGCCGUCGGACAGCGAGACGGGAACGCUGCCGGACAGCAGCCACGAGCUGGAGUGGGACGACGACCUCCCCCGGAUGGGGAGGGGCGGGGCGGUGGGCGUGGCCAGGAGCCCGGUGGAGCCAACAGAGGGGCUGAUGGGUCUGGACCAGGUGGACAGUAAGGGACGCCGCUGGAGGAGGUUCUGCAUCUCCGGACAUGAGUACCACGUCAACAUGAGCGUCCUGGAGCCAUACCUGCAGGUCCUGUCCCACGGAGGUUACUAUGGAGAUGGGAUGAAUGCCAUCAUCCUGUUCACUUCCUGUUACCUGCCGGAGAACACGGUGGAGGACUAUGAUUACGUCAUGGACAACCUGUUCAGGUACAUCGUGGGGACGUUGGACCUGAUGGUCUCAGAGAACUACCUGCUGGUCUACCUGUGUGCCAUGGCUCCCAGAAACAAGCUGCCCGCCAUCAAAUGGCUGCACCAGUGCUACACCUCCAUCGACAGGAGGUUGAAGAAGGACCUGAAGGGGCUGCUGGUCGUCCAUCCUGCCUGGUACAUCAGAGCCCUGAUCACCGUGGUCAAACCCUUCAUCAGUGACAAGUUCAGCAGGAAGAUCCGGUUUGUUCAGAGUCUGCAGCAGCUUUCUGAGCUCAUCCCCACAGACAGACUACAGAUCCCAGACGCCAUACGCCAGUUCGAUGAGAAGCUGAACAGAUGACGAUCACAGACUGGAUGGAUCCUAAAGGUCAAAGGUCAUGCUCCUGUACAGAAUCACAGACUCUGGGUUUAUUUAUGGUCUUUGAGUCGGGGGUAAGUUAAAGGUUCAGACGUCAGGACUCUGUGGAUCAGAUCAGAGACAUUUCCUCUUUAAAUCCUGGGUUUGGUUUCAAUCUUCAGAUCAAUGAACAAAGACUUUCAGCUGCUGCACCUGAAAUAAAAACACCUGUAAUUCAACAUCUGUUCUCAUCAACAAACACCGAGGAGAUGCUGUGGACGCAGGAAAACACAGACACAGGAAGUGAACACACCUCCAACUCCUCCUCCUCUGAUCAUUUACUCUCAUUUAACUGUUGGGAAUCUGUUUCUAAAACCUUUACCAGCUCUGAGAUAAAACUGAAGUGAAUAUUUAUGUUUUUAUGUUUUUCCUUGUGGAAUGUGAUGUUUUUUAUGUUGUACACAAGAGAUUUAAAAAAUCAUCUUUCAGGUCAAAAACAUGUCGGUAUGAUCCUUUAAAAACUCAACUCAGCCUCAAACUGUAAAAUAUAAACUUAGAAUCUGAUGUAAACAUAAACUGUUUAAACUUCACGUCAAUAAACUCAUCAAACACAGAGAGAAGAACA